AUGAGCACCACCACCACGCCCAACGGCCCUCCCGAGCCCGCCCUCCCCCGCAUCACGAUCCAGUUCUGCACGCAGUGCAAAUGGAUGCUGCGCGCCGCCUACUACGCCCAGGAGCUCCUCUCCACCUUUUCGCUCUCUCUCGGCGAAGUCGCCCUCCAGCCCUCCACGGGCGGGACCUUUGUUGUCGCCAUCCAGCACCGGCCCCAGCAGCCGGCCGGAGCCGUCGUCGCGACCUCGACGGCGACGACGACGACGAACAAGGUCCUCUGGGACCGCCGCGUCGACGGCGGCUUCCCCGAGACAAAGGAGCUCAAGCGCAGGGUCCGCGACGUCGUCGAGCCCGCCCGCGACCUCGGCCACGUCGAUCGCCAGCACCACCCCGGCGAGCCCGCCCGCGACGGGGCGACGACGACGGGUAGCGGCGAAGAGGGAAACCCCGAGGUCAAGGGCGUGUCGGGGACGGGCGGAGGCGGAGACAACUGCGAGGAUUGUGCUCCGUGA